GAUAAGAUUCUUUAGUUGUUUUUUUAUUGCUGGGAAUUUGGUGACUGUUUACGGGUGUUGGAGGAUUCAAUUGUUUAAUUGAGAAUUGAUUAUCGUUGGUGGAGUGUUGGGAAUGGGUUGGAUGGGUAUUUAUUGUUUGUUUUCUUCGGUCGUUCUUGUGGCAUCGGUUUUUGCAUUGGAGACCACUGAUGACUACUGUUUAGGGAACGAGUUUUUUAUUGUUCAGUUAUUUUUUUAGUGAUUGUGGGUGCGGUAAGGUUUUUAAAUUAUUUGUUCACUGCUGCACAACAACAAGACCAUUUUUUAUUGUUAAAAAUUCACCAUUUGCAUUAAGUUUACAAAUGUAAUGUUAGAGUCAUUAAAUGUGAUGCUAAAAUUUGAAAUAUACGAUUUUUAAACGAUGUCUCCAUAAAUGGAUGUGUGAGGAGAUUCUUAGAUUAAAAAAAACAAUUAUUGCAGGAGUUUGAUGGAAUUUCAUGAAUUAUUUCAUGGAUACAUACGUUGAUAGACUAGUUAAAACCAGUAAUGAGAAUUUAAUUAUUCGUAGAGUUUAGGAGAUAAUGAAGACAGCAAGCUCUUUGUUAAGUACCACAGGAUAAUAACAGUCAAAUGACAACAUCAAUUAUAUCCGGCUUUCCAUGUUUUGAGAUGAGAUGUGACUCAUCACAAUCUGACUCAUUGGUCAAAUUGACUCAGGACAUUCUGUCAAUUUUUUAUUUUUCAUGUGUCCGUGCACAUUCAACCAACCCCAGAUCCUUUGUUCAGAUGUCCAGACAAUUUUUUGACAUCACCGGGAUGGCGUCGAGUUCCGUCAGUCAAGAGGACUUUGACAAUGAUUUCGAGUUCACGACCCGACGGUCCAGGAUUAGAACAGUGAGGACGAGAGUGGGACCCCAGCGGGCCGGGGAUAUCACCACCAUAAAUUUUCAAAAGAAUCCAGCAGACACUGACGAUCCUCCCAUUUGCGAGUCGAGCUCCAAUAAUGUUUUACCUCUGGAGCACGAUAAUCAACAGAACAAACCGAUGAUGAGAAAACCUGAGAAACGAGUCACUGGUCGGCCCACACACAUUAACAAGGGAAAACAGCAGAGGGACCGCAGAAAACUCCGAGAGAAACGACGCAGCACUGGAGUCGUACACCUUCCCUCCACAGAGAGUACAGGAGGUAGUACUGGUGAAGAUGAGGAGGAACUCGGUGGAUGCCUCGAAACAAAGCACAAUACCCACCAUAAUGAGUUUCUAGACCAUGAACUCAUGGAAGAGAGAAAUGCCAAGGUUUACACACAGAGGAGAAAUAAAAGUCAUUCAGAUCUAGAGGCUGACGAUGAGGAGUUCGACUCCCUGAACCAAUCAGACGGUAUCAAUCAGUCAGAUGGUGCUCACCCAGCACAAUUGGAUACAGCUACAAGGCCACGCGUACCCACACCAACUGGAGACGACACUCAAGAGUUAUUUGAACGAGCCCAGGAGGAGAACCGAAGACUCCUGGCCCUCCUAGAGGAUCAGGACCACAAGAUCAUGGCCCUUGAGGCCCAGAUUCUCCAGCAGCAGCGGGAGAUGGCGAUCGAGCGCGAAAGGCUACGCGAAGAAAAUGCUGCCCUCAUUAGAGCCAUGGCAGCACUCGCAAGUAAUUAAUCAUCCAACAAUUCCCCCACAAUUUUUCUUCGAAGAAAUAAUUAACAUCCGCGAAACAAAUUGAAAUUGCUUAUGGAGGUAUGAGAGUGAGAUCUUGAGUAAUUACAGAAUUUAAUUCUUGGUCAGAUUUAUUUUUUUAUCCAAAUAACAUAGGAUUAAUUUAAAUUUGUGUUUCUUGAUUGAAUUAUGAAAAUUAAUUUCCAUGAAACUAGCAAUAUUCGGUUUACUUUUUGCGACAAUUAAUUAAUAUAUUCGAGACUGAUUUGUGCAGAAAUUUAACAUUUUUGGUUCGUAUUAAAUAGAGCUAGCAUUUAGACGAUUUAAUUCAGAAAAAGUGUGAUAAUUGGCCCUAAUUCUCGAGUAAUAGAUGUUGAAAAUUAUUCUGAUGUAAAUACAUUGUGACUCUAGUGGAGGCAUUUGUUAUAGGGUUGAUUCAGAAUUGUAAAUUGAGGUGUAAAGGUUAUUAUGUUGACUAUUGCAAAAUUCGCGAUUGAUUAACUAUGCAAAAGAAACAAUUAUCUAUGUGAAGAAGAAGGACAUGAAGUAAUGUGCACAAUCAAUUGUUACGUUUCGAUUAAUCAAUAAAAAAAAUUCCCAUCAGAAAUGUAAAAAAACAA